AUGCCACUGUCCCCUGUGCCAGCGGAGGGUGUCCCUGGUCUGUGUCCCGUUGGUCCCGCAGGCCUGAGCAGUGACAGUGGCCUGGGCGGCAGCACGGACGGCAGCACGGACAUCCUGGCACUGGGACCCGCGGUGGACAGCGUCACCGAGGAAGAGUGCGAGGCGUCCGAGGAGUCCAGCGGGGAGGCCGAGAUCGAGCAGGAGGCGUCGGACGCGGAGGAACCGCGGGAGCUGCACCCCGAAAACCUUCACCCCGAAAACCUUCACCCCGAAACUUUGCACCCCGAAAACCUGCACCCCGAAAACCUGCAGCCCGAGUCUCUGGUGCACCCCGGGUCGCUGCUGCAGCGCGCGGCGUUAGCCCGCAACGUGCCCCUGCUGGCCGCAGCGCUGGCCCACGGCGCCGAGGUCAACUGGGCCAACGAGGAGGACGAGGGCAAAACGCCGCUGAUCCAGGCCGUGCGCGGGGUACGGGACACUGCGGGAGUGACCGGCCG